UUCCAGUUCACGACUUGAGGUACCUACGCCAGGCACGCGCAUCCACCAUUAGAUCGAAACCACUUUACAUUCAGCGCGCCAAACGAAACACUUCUCCCACCCACCAACGUUACAACUCCAACUAUAUAACUCAGCUUUCAGCGCGCUUAUCCCAAACGUACUACAUCAAACUAUCUACGACCUCCUGCACUCAACAAACCCGAGAACGUAGAAGCUGCUAAAAUGGGUGACGACAUGGAAGUCGACAAUGCGCCCCUCUCGCCUCAGCAGGAGGAUGCUGCUGCCUCCGGCGGCGCCAACGCCAACUCCGCCAAGGUCGCGGCCAUGCAAACUCACACCAAGGCGACUGCCGUGCGCUCCAUCGAAGGCUGGAUCGUCAUGGUGACCAACGUACACGAGGAGGCCGACGAGGAAGCCAUCCAGGACAAGUUUGGCGAGUUUGGCGAGAUCAAGAAUUUGCAUCUCAACUUGGACAGGCGAAGCGGUUACGUCAAGGGCUACGCAUUGAUUGAGUAUCCGACGCUUGAGGAGGCGCGCGCCGCCAUCGACGGUGCCCACGAGACGAAACUCCUCGACCAAACCAUCCAGGUGGACUUUGCCUUUGUGCGACCACCCCCAGGCAAGACCGGCGGCGGCGGCGGCCGUGGUGGAGGUGGCGGUGGCGGCGGCGGACGCAACGGUCCUGGCAACCGCAAUAGGGGUGGUCGGAGUAGGAGCCGCAGCCCCGUUGGCAGGGACGAGUGAUGACGGGAUAAAGCAUCUCGAUGCGUCUUUGUCUUGCGCGAAAAAUGGGAUGGGAGGAAGGAAAUACCUUUGAAGCCUGGGCAUAUGGCUGCUAUAUUCCCGCUAACUACAACAUCAAGGAGUAUCCAGGCAGCUCGAGUUUUCCAAGGAUGGGUGGAAUCAUACUGGAAUUGCAAGGCUUGCUGCAGCGCUAUGUUGGUCCUCAACCGAACGGACAAUAGCCAAAAUGGAUGGGAAUUGAUGAGAACAGAGGAUACAAGAGUAUUGGAGAGAGAGAGAGAGUCGGGUUCAGGUAGAGACAACCUGUAAACCAAGAACUACGCUCAAGUAGCCGAUGUGUCGUCAAAAGAAAGCAAAAUCAAGGACACGUCGGCGCGUUGCCACGAUCUUAACAGGACAUCAAAUUGGCCUUUGUAAAACAUUGCUGUGCAAAGGUGUUGCUGUGAUGAUAUCCAGCAUGAAGAGAGUCGGGGCUUGCUUGGAUGCAUGCAUCAACUCUUCAUUGGGUUUCCACACAAUGAUGAGUCCGCAACACCAGGCAGCGGCUCUCGAGUGAAAGACCGUCUGAGCCGCAGAAAGGCCCUCAAAAAAAAAAUUGUAUAGGUUGAUGGAUUCCUACGUGUGGUCCGUGUUUGUCUGAACUUGUCGGUUGUAUCGACACUCCUGGUGAUCAACAGACAAUCAAUGAGCAAAAACUUAUCAAUUUUGAACCUCGCACCAGGGGUCAUUGAACAAAUAUACACAAGAUUGCGUCGACGGCACAGGGGCUUAUGUGACUUACACCGGCCGCACCUAUCGCCUUGACCAUUGGCACACGAGUCGCAUGCUGUCCUUCCCAUCAAGAUCAUAUUAUGGUCAUCAUUCUUUAUCGUUAAGGUGAUGAACCCACAAUGCCGGAAUUGGUAGGCUGUGACGAAAGCGCCGAGCAGGAACUCGUGUUGGGCGCGGCAAGACAGGAGACGUUAUUCUUCUAUGGAUAUUCAAUUUCUUUGCAUCUUAAGUAAACGGUUUGCUGAUCUAUUUUUUGAGCGUCUGCUCGUUCCUAGUGGACUGUGUACCUAUCGAAUUUUUUUUCCGCCCGAGGUCAUGUUAUAGCACCCGGCCCGUAUAACUGGAUGUGUUUUAAUCGA